UAUACAGCGCUCGUGUUGCCCAUGGUUCCUUCUCUUCGACUUCCGCUAUAGGGCUGAGCGGAUAGCGAUCCAAAAAAUGGCGUCGCAUAAGACUUUCAGGAUCAAGCGCUUUCUCGCCAAGAAGCAGAAGCAGAACAGGCCGAUCCCACAGUGGAUCAGGAUGAAAACUGGCAACAAGAUCAGGUACAACUCGAAGAGGAGGCACUGGAGAAGGACCAAGUUGGGCUUGUAAACACGCAGCUCAUUUCAGCAUCCCCCUCCAUCUGUUCUCUGCCAGGACCACCAACUCAUCCAGAGCUGUAAAGAAGUCAUGCAACGAGGAACAGUUGUCCCUCUUUUGUACAGAUAUUCUGGUUAUGUCCUCGCAAAACAAUAAAAGAUUUGUUCUAGAACCCA